UUAAAAUAGUCUGCAAAGCUCUAAAAAAGUUGAAAUAAAUAAGGGAAUAAAAUGUUGGCACAAAGGGAUUUUGACGCCUAUUUUUUGAUUCUUUAGUCCAGUGGAUCCGCUCUCUGUUCAUUAUUAAAUUCGAGGGAGGUUCGAACCCGUUCGGGUCCCACAUUUAUUAUCGCCUUUAUUUUAUCCUUUUAAAGUCCUUUUUUUAGUUAUUUUAUAGGUAUUUUAAACAAAAAAAUUUAAUUAAGCUGCUGCAGCACAAAACAUGGAGUUUAUGGCUACUGUUCAAAACAAAGAUUUGCUUGAAGAAUUAAAGGUGCAAAGCCAAGCGAUUGUUCACAAAACAAUUACAAAUGGCACUCCAGAUGGAAGACAACAGAUGAUUAGGCACUAUCGGUGCAAUCGUCAUCGCCACCAAGAGAAGUGUCCAUUCAAAAUGUUGGCAAUUCAAUCUGACGACGGCACAUUUAAGGUUUUCAGAAGUGGGGAACACAACCAUGCUGUGGUGCCGUCAGGUCGGGCGCCUUCAUGCCGGGCCCAGGGCGGUCAGCGAACGAGUUGGAUUCCACAUGCGACUGUUCGGACUGCAGACGAGUUGGAGACGCUUAGGCAGGGCCAACGCGUGACUGUUCAUAAGACGACUUUUCAUGGCAAGAAUCGUCACUUUCGAUGCAAUCGACACAGACACAAUGAGCGCUGCAUGUUUAAAUUAUUAGCUGUGACUGAGAAUAAUGGAACAAUUAAUGUUUUUCGAUCGGGAGAACAUAACCAUCCAAUUCAGCAGAUCUCCAACUGCGUUUAUUGA